AUAUGGGCUACCAACUACGUUUUCACCCACCCACUUUCACCCGUUUACUCACCCAACUUUACUUCAUUGCGUUAAUACCGUCUGUACAUUCCUACACAAAUGAGAUCCAAGUUUAAGGACGAACAUCCCUUUGAGAAGCGAAAGGCCGAAGCUGACCGUAUUCGAACAAAGUACCCUGACCGAAUCCCCGUUAUUUGCGAAAAAGUCGAUAAAUCUGACAUUGCUACUAUUGACAAGAAGAAGUAUCUGGUUCCAUCUGACUUGACCGUAGGUCAAUUUGUAUACGUAAUUCGCAAGAGAAUUAAGCUCAGCCCAGAGAAGGCCAUCUUUAUCUUUGUGAAUGAAAUCCUACCCCCAACAGCAGCGUUAAUGAGUUCAAUGUAUGAGGAGCACAAGGACGAGGAUGGUUUCUUGUAUAUCACUUAUUCUGGUGAAAAUACAUUUGGUGCUAUCGUCGAGUAAUGACUACUGUCCAUCCCAUACCACGUUCGCUCGGUCUGCCUUCUCACUUCCUGCUACCUCCCUCCGUGACUAAGCGGGUAUUGCAUUAGUAGUAUAAUUCUUACCCAACUGGCACGUUUUCUUUCUUCAAUUUCUUUUUUCUCCCCUCUCCUUCUGUUGUACAUUUGAAAUAGGUGUUCUUUCAUACCAUUUGAUGGAUCACGUUUUGAGCGGUCACCAUAGACUACUCGAUAGCAUCCGUAUCUGUUGAAAUGUCAAUGAUAAACCACUUAAAGCAAGGGCUCUAAAUCCCUUUACUUGAUUAAAAGAAAGAAAUGACCUCCGUAAGAACCAUAA